AUGGACACUGCAGAUAUCAUCAUGAACGCUCCCGAUUCCGACGGGUCUGGCUCGGGAGAUGAGUACAGCUCGCCCCCGUCCUUUAUUGUCCGAUCAGCCUCCGAUCUGGGCGAUAUAGAAGGUCAAUCCACACCUUUAGCUACCUCACCUCCGUCCAUGGUGAGCUCCCUUGGCACUCUCUCAACGGGAUAUCCGACGACAUGGGCAUCACGCCCUACAGGUCGACCACGUGGAAGUAGCCUUGUUGGGAAUCCUGCUUUUGAAGCACAAGGUCUGUCCGAUGUUCCUGUACCCGACCGCGACCUGAGGCUACAACAACGGCCCUCCGGACCUGCAAGAACACCGUCGAGCACAUACGCGCCUCAACGACGGCCACCACAUUUUAUCAACCUCCAGAACGAUGGCCGCCGGUCGUCGUCUACGAAGCGGAAUGCUCGCCGAGAUCCCAAUGCCCAAUAUCGCGCUCAGGAAAAGGCCUAUGUGCAGCGGCUACGCGCCAAUCCGCAAGCUUGGUACCGGCAGUUUGGAGACUUUCAGGGGAUGACAACUGUCGACUCGGACGCUGACGAACCUUCGCCAUCCUCAGAAAUGCCCUUUGAAGACGAUCAAUACGACCCUGACAUCCAACUAUUCCUCCCCGAGAACGAUAAUCAACCCACGAUCGAAGAGUUGAAGAACCCCAAAAAUCAGGAACGGCUGGAAUGGCAUGCUAUGUUGGCUUCCGUACUCAAAGGCGAUGUUGUCAAGCAGGAAAAACAGCGAUUGAUUGGAUCUACGGAAACAAGGCGCUCUGCUGCCAUGAACGGUGAUAUUUGGCUGGGAGUACGGGCCAAGGCACUUGGCCGAAGCGUCCUACUACAAAAGAAGCUCAUUGAAGAUGCUCGCGCAUCCCUUGGCGCUGUUAUUGAGGACAUCAUCGCAUUUCAGAUCAAGGGUGAGAAGGAAAUUGGUAAACCUGCUACCGAGCAGGUCAAGGACAUCGUGGCCAAAAUUGGUCAAUGCCAAGAUCUCUAUCCUACCAGAAAGGAGAUGGAAACCGCCAACCCAAGGGCUGCUUCGGACCAGUUUCAUGAGAGCUGCGAUGCGGUCUGUGCCUGGCACAAUAUCACUCAGCUCAUCAACACUGAAUUGGCCAUUCUACAGAACUGGGUUGGCAACGACGAGCUAGACUUUACGAAGCCACAAGACCGAUCGAACAGUACUGAUUUGUCUGAUGACGGAUCUUUCCUUGAUCGAAUUAUGAAGGAAGACGGGUUGAAAACUCUACAGGGCGAACACAACAUGAUUAUCGGUAUAGGAGAAGUCAUCGACAAAGCCAAGAGCACGCUCAUUGAAAAUGCAGAGGCUUUCUCAAAGCGUCAUCUUCCCCCGUAUAUCGAAGAGCUACUCACUCUGAUCAACUUUCCGUCUCGGCUUAUACAGGAGAUCAUUCGAGUACGUCUCUCUUACGCCAAGAAAAUGAAAGACCCAGCUCUGCAAUCGCCCAUUCUUGUGGAUCAAAUGAUCUCGCAGUUUCAGAUUCUGAUGAGGGUUGCUGUCGAAAUUAAACAACGCUACCUGGUUAUCUCUAAGCCUGAACCAGGCUGGGAUCUGCCACCAUGUAUUGACGAGAACUUCGAUAACGUCGUGGUGGACGCGAUGAAGUACUACUUCCGACUUCUCAACUGGAAACUGAACGCCAAUAAGAACACAUUCAAGGAGGCUGAAAUUCUGGAACAGGAAUGGGGAUUCUCAAAUGAGAUUGGUCGCCAACUUCAGAGUGGUGAUAUUGAAGUUGCGGAACAGUUCAGUGCUUUGACUGCGAAAUCUUUGCAGCGACUAAUGAUUCAUUUUGAGAGGGAGCUGUCUCCUCGGCAGGAUGAAGAUCCUGUUGAUAUGGACAAGCGUUACAAGAGUAGUUUAGACUCGACCCGUGUCCGCCAACGAAAGCUUUACCGUUUCUCACGUUUCCUUCGACAAUUAUUCGAGAAUGCAACGGAAUAUAACCUGGGCGGAGACAUCGCUGAUGAUUUCUUUGAAGCUCUCUUGAUCUCUGAUCAUUUCCUUAUCACCUCAAACGACUCCGUAGGACAGAAGGGGGUGUAUUUGAUCGCUCAUCACGCCCUUUGGAACCAGCAUGCUGACAUCCAAUCAAUUCUUGGGACUUCUUUCCGCGAAGAGGAUGAUCCUAAGGAUGGAUCCAACUACCCUUAUAUCUUGGUUAUUCGCCCCGAGCGUCCGUUGUCAUGGAUCGGCAAGGUCAUGGAAGUCGAGGGGUUGGAGCACCCGACUGAUGUGCGACCGGGAAAGCUCCGUCUUGUUGCAGAUGGUACACAGCAGAGGCUUGUCAGCGCACGCCAUGAACUAGCUCAGUUGACGAAUAUGAAUCUCGAUAUUGCUAUUGAGCAGCGUGCGAACCUGGGGAGAGUCAAUGCUGAGUUGAACAAGAUCAAGAAAAUCUCGUUCAAGUUGUCGAUGACUAUUAUGGACAGUGUCGCUGUGAUCCGCCAGCAGCUCAGGGAAAAAGGAAUCGAUAAUACGGAGCUGAUCCAAGCCUGCUAUGCGUUCGCCACGGAAUUCGGAAAGCGCUCGUCCAAUUACGUAGAUGCAAACAGAAGGGCUAUGAAUAGCGCUCGCUUGGUAGAACUGUCACUCGAAUGGAUAUCUUUUAUCUGUGAUGAUUGUGAUGCUUCAGAUAGAAGGACAUUCAAAUGGGCAGUAGCUGCUUUGGAGUUUGCCAUGGCAAUCACCUCAAGCAAUCAUCUUCUAUCCAUGGAUGAUGCGCAGUACUCCCAACUCAGAGUGAAGGUUGCUGGCUGCAUGUCAGUGCUCAUCUCUCACUUUGAUAUCAUGGGUGCCAGGUCAACGUUGGCUGCACAGGCUGAAAAUAAACGCUUGGACGAAACACGCGGAGGUUCAAGGAGGUACGGUGGCGGAGGCCGGAUCCUCAGCGACGAAGAGGCGCGAAGACUCGUCUGUGAGCAGCGUCUUGCACACAUUGCCACGGUUGAAGAUAUGCGGGUGGAAGAAAACGCCAAACGACAUGCUAUCGGCAAAGUACUGGAAGGCUCAAAUGAGGCUGACAGGUCGCUUACCGUUCUGUCUUCGUCUGCAACUAAUGUCACACUCCGUUGGCAGCAAGGUCAAUUCAUUGGUGGUGGAACGUUUGGUUCCGUCUACGUUGCGAUCAACCUCGACAGCAACUAUCUUAUGGCUGUUAAGGAGAUUCGUCUUCAGGAUCCUCAACUCAUCCCUGUGAUUGCUCAGCAGAUUAGAGAUGAAAUGGGUGUUCUCGAAGUUCUCGAUCAUCCCAAUAUCGUCUCAUAUUACGGUAUUGAAGUCCAUCGCGACAAGGUCUAUAUCUUCAUGGAAUACUGCUCCGGGGGCUCGCUAGCGGGCUUGCUCGAACACGGCCGCAUAGAAGACGAGACGUUCAUCAUGGUCUAUGCUCUUCAACUUCUGGAAGGCUUGGCUUACUUGCAUCAAGCUGGCAUCAUCCAUCGUGACAUUAAACCCGAGAACAUCCUACUAGACCACAAUGGAGUCAUUAAAUAUGUCGACUUCGGCGCCGCUAAGAUCAUCGCACGCCAGGGCAAAACGGUUGCUAACGCCGAUGCUUUCACAAACAAUGUGGGUGUCGGCGGCCAUAAGGAUGGCAUAGGCGGUGCCAAAGACCCACAACGCAAGAACCAGAAGACGAUGACCGGCACACCCAUGUAUAUGUCCCCCGAAGUGAUUCGAGGAGAUACAUCCGAUCUAGUCGACCGCCAGGGCGCGAUCGAUAUCUGGUCCCUUGGCUGCGUCAUAUUAGAAAUGGCCACAGGCCGUCGUCCCUGGUCCAGCCUCGACAACGAAUGGGCGAUCAUGUACAACAUCGCACAGGGAAAUCAACCUCAACUACCGACUCGCGAACAACUCAGUGAUUUGGGUAUUGAGUUUUUAAGUCGCUGCUUCGAGCGUGAUCCUAUGAAGAGGCCCACCGCGGCAGAAUUGCUGCAGCACGAAUGGAUUGUCUCUAUUAGGAAUCAGGUUGUGGUUGAGCCGCAGACUCCUAUUAGUGAUGCCGGAAGUUCGACUGCUAGUACUUCAAGUGCUACUAGUAGUCGACACAAUUCGACCACAUAUAUGUGAUUCGGAAUAUAGCACGAUUUUCCUUUCGCACCCUUUUUAUUCCCAAUCUUCUUCUACUCUCAGUACACGAUGACGAUACCCGG